UUCAUGCAGAUUAUCACACAAUGGGAUAUUUGUCAGCCUGUGGCUUUAAUACAUCCAAAAUCUGCUUUACAUUCAUAUCCAUGGAAGUAAUAUGGUUUAAAACAAUGAACAGGUUGACUUAGCUAGUCUUAGUGUAGGGAAGCAACACUCUCCAAAAAAAUCCAAAAAAUCAAAGGACAUUAAACAAAAAAUAAACUAGACAAAAAAGCAAAAUUCCAAGUACCAAAUAAUUAGGAUUUUAUAUUUUUUUAGAUUUCUGAACAAUACUAAAUGUUAAAAGAAAAUUUAUGUACUGCUUUUAGAUCUACAGAAUUAUAUGCUGCAGUAUAAUGAGAGUAAACAAAACAACACACACUGUAAACAAGCAACUCUUCCCCCUAAUCUUUGAAGUGAUCAUAUUGCAUUUCUCCUGUCAGUCAUGGGUUCAGAUGUCAGUGAAUUUUUCAUGAUGUCAACACUGAGCUGGGAACCAGGGCUGCAUCUCCAAUGUCCCUUCAUUUCACCCCGACUCCUCCCUUCGGAGCCACACCUCCCCUCAGUCAACCUUCAGCAUCUCUGCAGCCUGGACAGAGGCAGGGUGUCCCCACGCUGAGUGGCAGGGCUGGCUUGGCUGAGGAGGGACAGGACUGAUUCCCAGAAGAAGAUUAAGAAACAGAAGGAAGACAGGGGGAUUUUUGCACUGCACAGAUCAGCAGCUGACUCUAAGCCCCAGACAUCGUGUAUGAUGCGUUUGGCUGAAGAGCAGAAAUCACCAGAAGAAGAGAUGAGUUUGGGGGCAGCAUGCAUCUUCCUGCGCGGAGGCAAAAACAUUGCAAGACAACUGGCUGAGGACGAGAUUGAUGAACUGCGUGAUGCAUUUAAUGAAUUUGAUAAAGACAAGGACGGGCUGAUCAGCUGUAAGGACCUGGGCAACCUCAUGAGGACAAUGGGUUACAUGCCCACCGAGAUGGAACUGAUCGAGCUGGGACAGAACAUCAACAUGAACCUUGGUGGGAGAGUUGACUUUGAGGACUUUGUUGAACUGAUGGCCCCAAAACUCCUGGAAGAAACAGCUGGAAUGAUCGGCAUGAAGGAGCUCAAGGAUGCCUUUAAGGAGUUUGACAUGGACGGAGACGGUGAAAUCACAACGGACGAGCUCCGUUUGGCCAUGACCAAGCUGAUGGGACAGCACAUGAGCCGAAGAGAGAUAGACGAUAUUGUGAAAGAAGCAGACGACAACGGAGACGGCACUGUAGACUUUGAAGAGUUCGUCAGAAUGAUGUCCCAUCAAUGACAGCUGAGGAGAAUGUCAACCAGGACUCAUUUGCACCUUCUUAGGCAUGCAUUAAUAAUGAUACUGCCUUUCUCUACAGCUCUCUGGCACAUUAUGUUGUACAUAUUGCAGAGUGAACAUGCAAUCAUCUUAAAAAUCAUGUUAAACACAGACAAGUCAGGCAAUGUCAUGUUGUCCUCAGAGAGAAUUUUCACCUACGCACAGGUUGAUUCAUGUUCUGGGACCUUUUGAAUUGUUAACAGCGUUGAAGACAUUUUGUUACAUUUGGAUUGUUUUGUUAACAAUGUCUGGUUGAGUUAAUGUAUUUAUUGCUAAUAGAGUAUAUUUAUUCUUAGUGAAUUAUUUAGAGGCUCCUGCAUCAUUAUUAUCACAGAAACAAGGUUUUACAUGUAAAGGUUUAACAGUUACAAUACUACUGCACCGUUUUUAGACUGUUCUUGUUGUAACUCAUAGGGUUACAUCAUUCAUUUCUGGAUGGUGAUUGAUUAUGAAGGAACUAAAUAAAACAUCUAAAUAUGUGUAAACUG